GGCGCCCGGGUCCCCCGGCAGGUGCCCGGCGCGCCAUGCAGGGCACGUGCGCCCCCCGGCUCUAACCUGCGCGCUGACUGGAGCAUGAUCUGUGCCCAGGCCGGGGCUGCCAAGAUAACAAGGCUGUGUUCAGCAGAAAUGGAUACAGGAGGAACAGCAUAGUUCAAAGACUAAGGGAGGCAUCUUCUCUCUUUUCCUGGGAUUUAAACGCGAUUUAGGAGGGCAGAUGCCCUACCUGAAAAGGCCAGACCUUAAAGACCCAGGCAGUGUCGUGGUCCAAGGCGUCUCAAAAGAGGUGGCCAGAUCUGCGUUUCUCAUCAGCGGACUCGCUCCGGCUUUGGCUAUUACGGAAUUGAUGCGCGUACACGUGGUGGGUCAUUAUGCUGCUGCACCUGUGUAGUGUGAAGAAUCUGUACCAGAACAGGUUUUUAGGCCUGGCCGCCAUGGCAUCUCCAUCUAGAAACUCCCAGAAUCGACGCCGGUGCAAGGAGCCACUCCGUCACAGCUACAACCCCGGCCAGUUCCACAGUAUGGCCAUUAGGAAUGGCCCCCAUGGCACCGUCACCAUCCCCCGCUCCACCAGUGACACCGACCUGGUCACCUCGGACAGCCGCUCCACACUCAUGGUCAGCAGCUCCUACUACUCCAUAGGGCACUCACAGGACCUGGUGAUCCACUGGGACAUCAAGGAGGAAGUGGAUGCUGGAGACUGGAUUGGCAUGUAUCUCAUUGAUGAGGUCUUGUCAGAAAACUUUUUGGACUAUAAGAACCGUGGAGUCAAUGGUUCUCAUCGGGGCCAGAUCAUCUGGAAGAUUGAUGCUAGCUCUUACUUUGUGGAACCUGAAACUAAGAUCUGCUUCAAAUACUACCAUGGUGUGAGUGGAGCCCUGCGAGCCACCACCCCCAGUGUCACAGUCAAAAACUCCGCAGCUCCUAUUUUUAAAAGCAUUGGCUCUGAUGAGACUGUCCAAGGGCAAGGAAGUCGGAGGCUGAUCAGCUUUUCUCUCUCAGAUUUCCAGGCCAUGGGGUUGAAGAAAGGGAUGUUUUUCAACCCAGACCCUUACCUGAAGAUUUCCAUUCAGCCUGGAAAACACAGCAUCUUCCCUGCCCUCCCACACCACGGACAGGAGAGGAGAUCCAAGAUCAUAGGCAAUACCGUGAACCCCAUCUGGCAGGCCGAGCAAUUCAGCUUUGUGUCCUUGCCCACUGAUGUACUGGAAAUUGAGGUGAAGGACAAGUUUGCUAAGAGCCGCCCCAUCAUCAAGCGCUUCUUGGGAAAGCUGUCGAUGCCCGUUCAAAGACUCCUGGAAAGACACGCCAUAGGGGAUAGGGUGGUCAGCUAUACACUUGGCCGCAGGCUUCCAACAGAUCAUGUGAGUGGACAGCUGCAAUUCCGAUUUGAGAUCACGUCCUCCAUCCACCCAGAUGACGAGGAGAUUUCCCUGAGCGCCGAUCCUGAGUCCGCGGAAAUUCGGGACAGCCCCAUGAACAGCCUGGUGGCCAGCAGCCGCGGGGAGCCUCCGGGCGAGGCACUGGAGCCCUCCGGGAGCUCGAAGCCCGAGCCGCCGAGCCAGGGCAGUGCCGGGGACGCUGCCGGGAGCGAGAGCCUGGAGCUUGCCGAGCCGGUUGAGGAAGCGGCAGGUACCACCGAGGCAGGAGACGACGGAGCGGGCUCUGUGGGACCUGACGGGGCUGGGGAGCUUCUGGGCCCGGGGCGCGAGGACGCCGAGCCCGCCCUGAGUGCGGAAGAAGUGGCCGAGCGGCUGGAGCUGGGUGGGGAGGCGCCCCCAGCGGGGCUGCUGGAGGACGGCGAAGCCCCGGGCGGCGCCGGGGAGCCGGAGGCGGAGGAAGCGGCCACAGAGAGCCGGGCGGGGGGAGAGGAGAAGGAGCAGGCGGAGGAGGAGGAGGGCGACGUGUCUGCCCUGGGGCAGGGGGAGGACAGGCUGCAGCUGCGGGCCUCGGUGAAGAGGAAAAGCCGGCCAUGCUCCUUGCCGGUGUCCGAGCUGGAGACGGUGAUUGCGUCGGCUUGCGGAGACCCCGAGACCCCGCGGACACACUACAUCCGUAUCCACACCCUGCUGCACAGCCUGCCGUCCGCGCAGGGCGGCCCGAGCGACGAAGGCCCGGAGGAGGAGGCCACCCUCCAGGAUGCCUCGGAGAAGGACGGCCUUAGCGAGGCGGACACGCUAGCUGGCGCGCCACCUCCCCUCGGAGAGGAGGGGGAGGAACCCGAGGGGGCGACUCCAGGCACGGCGACCCCCGGCCACUCGGGCUUGACCAACGGCCUCGUCCCCGAUGGCGACAUGCUCCCCAGCACGGGUAGUGAGAGCGAUUCGAGCCCCCGGCAGGGCGGGGACCACAGCUGCGAGGGCUGCGACACGUCGUGCUGCAGCCCCUCCUGCUACAGCUCCUCGUGCUACAGCACGUCGUGCUACAGCAGCUCCUGCUACAGCCCCUCCUGCUACAACGGCAACAGGUUCGCCAGCCACACCCGCUUCUCCUCGGUGGACAGCGCCAAGGUCUCCGAGAGCACUGUCUUCUCGUCGCAAGACGACGACGACGACGAGAACAGUGCGUUCGAGUCCGUGCCGGACUCGGUGCAGAGCCCGGAGCUGGACCCGGAGUCGGCCAACGGUGCCGGGCCGUGGCACGACGAGCUGGCCACCCCCGCCGGGAGCGUGGCAAGAACCGUGGAAGGUCUGGAGUCCCCCGUGGCAGGGCCAAGCAAUCGGAGAGAAGGUGAAUGUCCUAUACUCCAUAAUUCCCAGCCAGUAAGCCAGCUUCCUUCCUUGAGACCUGAACAUCAUCACUACCCAACAAUCGAUGAGCCUCUUCCACCAAACUGGGAAGCUCGCAUUGACAGCCACGGGCGAGUCUUUUACGUGGACCAUGUGAACCGCACAACCACCUGGCAGUGUCCGACAUCAGCAGCUACCCCUGAUGGGAUGCGGAGGUCGGGGUCCGUCCAGCAGAUGGAGCAACUCAACAGGCGGUAUCAAAAUAUUCAGCGAACCAUUGCAACAGAGAGGCCCGAAGAAGAUUCCGGCAGCCAAAGUGGUGAGCAGACCCCGGCAGGAGGAAGCGGAGGAGGUGGUGGGAGCGACUCAGAGGCCGAAUCUUCUCAGUCGAGCUUAGAUCUGAGGAGAGAAGGGUCACUUUCUCCCGUGAAUUCACAAAAAAUCACCUUGUUGCUGCAGUCCCCAGCGGUGAAGUUCAUCACCAACCCCGAGUUCUUCACUGUACUACACGCCAAUUACGGUGCCUACCGAGUCUUCACCAGUAGCACCUGCUUAAAGCACAUGAUUCUGAAAGUCCGGCGGGACGCACGCAAUUUCGAGCGCUACCAGCACAACCGCGACUUGGUGAAUUUCAUCAACAUGUUUGCAGACACGAGGCUGGAAUUGCCCCGGGGCUGGGAGAUCAAAACGGACCAGCAGGGAAAGUCUUUUUUCGUGGACCACAACAGUCGAGCUACCACUUUCAUUGACCCCCGAAUCCCUCUUCAGAACGGUCGUCUUCCCAAUCACCUGACACAUCGACAACACCUCCAGAGGCUCCGGAGCUACAGUGCUGGAGAGGCUUCAGAAGUCUCUAGAAACAGAGGAGCCUCUUUACUGGCCAGGCCAGGACACAGCCUAGUAGCUGCUAUUCGAAGCCAACAUCAACAUGAGUCAUUGCCGCUAGCAUAUAAUGACAAGAUUGUGGCAUUUCUUCGCCAACCAAACAUUUUUGAAAUGCUGCAAGAGCGUCAGCCAAGCCUGGCGAGAAACCACGCACUCAGGGAGAAAAUCCAUUACAUUCGGACUGAGGGUAAUCAUGGGCUUGAAAAGUUGUCCUGUGAUGCAGAUCUAGUCAUUUUGCUGAGUCUCUUUGAAGAAGAGAUUAUGUCCUACGUCCCACUGCAGGCUGCCUUCCACCCUGGGUACAGCUUCUCUCCCCGCUGUUCACCCUGUUCCUCACCUCAGAACUCCCCAGGCUUACAGAGAGCCAGUGCAAGAGCCCCUUCACCCUACCGGAGAGACUUUGAGGCCAAGCUCCGCAAUUUCUACCGAAAACUGGAAGCCAAAGGAUUUGGUCAGGGUCCAGGGAAAAUUAAGCUCAUCAUUCGUCGGGACCAUCUGUUGGAGGGAACCUUCAAUCAGGUGAUGGCCUAUUCCCGGAAGGAGCUUCAGCGAAACAAGCUGUACAUCACCUUUGUUGGAGAGGAGGGCCUGGACUACAGUGGUCCUUCGAGAGAGUUCUUCUUCCUUUUGUCUCAGGAGCUAUUCAACCCUUACUACGGACUCUUUGAGUACUCUGCAAAUGAUACCUACACAGUGCAGAUCAGCCCCAUGUCAGCAUUUGUGGAAAACCAUCUUGAAUGGUUCAGGUUUAGUGGUCGUAUCCUAGGCCUGGCUUUGAUCCAUCAGUACCUUCUUGACGCCUUCUUCACAAGGCCCUUCUAUAAGGCACUCCUGAGACUGCCCUGUGAUUUGAGCGACUUGGAAUAUUUGGAUGAGGAAUUCCACCAGAGUUUGCAAUGGAUGAAGGACAACAAUAUCACGGAUAUCCUAGACCUCACUUUCACUGUUAACGAAGAAGUUUUUGGACAGGUAACAGAAAGGGAAUUAAAAUCUGGAGGAGCCAACACCCAGGUGACUGAGAAGAACAAGAAGGAAUACAUCGAGAGGAUGGUGAAGUGGCGGGUGGAACGCGGUGUGGUACAGCAGACUGAGGCCCUGGUGAGGGGCUUCUAUGAGGUCGUAGACUCGAGGCUUGUCUCCGUGUUCGACGCCAGGGAGCUGGAGCUGGUGAUAGCUGGCACGGCGGAAAUCGACCUCAACGACUGGCGGAAUAACACGGAGUACCGGGGAGGUUAUCACGACGGGCAUCUUGUGAUCCGCUGGUUCUGGGCCGCCGUGGAGCGCUUCAAUAAUGAGCAGAGACUGAGAUUACUUCAGUUCGUCACGGGAACAUCAAGCGUGCCCUAUGAAGGUUUUGCAGCCCUCCGAGGAAGCAAUGGGCUCCGGCGUUUCUGCAUAGAGAAGUGGGGGAAGAUUACAUCUCUCCCCAGGGCACACACAUGCUUCAACCGAUUGGAUCUGCCACCUUAUCCCUCAUACUCCAUGUUGUAUGAAAAGCUGCUAACAGCAGUGGAAGAAACCAGCACCUUUGGACUUGAAUGAGGAAAUGGAAAUUCACCUGACAUUUUCCUGGCAGUCACAUCACCCUUUCUGGGAUGAUCCCCUUGCCCUUUCCCUGAAUCAACUCUCCUUUGAUUUUGGUAUUCCAUGAUUUUUAUUUUCAAACCAAAUCAGGAUUGACAAAAGCUGUGCAUGAAGAACUGCCUUCUUCUGAGAUCCAACCUUCAGGCUUAUCUCCUCUAUUCUCGAUGAACUGCUAGCCUGUAUGCAAUAUUAAACAACAGCUGUCUCAAGGUCUGUGUGUAUCUCCACAUACCUCCAUUACUAACAAUGAAAUAGGAAUGCAAGUUAUGCUACACUUGACCAAAUGGUAAUAAAAGUUUACUUCCAUUUAUAUAAUUUUAGGGAAAUUUGAGCAUUAAGCAUUCCGAGCUUUUAUAUGCCCAUGUCUUCUGAGCAGAACCACCAUUUUUUAUAAUUUCUAACAACCAACUCCAGGCUUGGAGCCAACCAACAAUUUCUUUUCCUCCCACUCUCCCUUUUCCCAUGCAUACCACCCAUCCAAAAACAGCAGUAGCAAAGCUGAAAUUUUUAUACAUUCAACUCAUGAGUCAUACGUGGCCUCCGUCCCAUCAGCUGGAACUAGCCUAGACAUAUGGUGCAAAUAUUACACUUUCCAACAAAUAACAACACCAAGAAAAACGCCUCCUGCUGAUGCAACACAGUGCAUCUCAAUGGUUGUGGGGAUUGUAGCUCAACGUGAGUUUAGAGAAGUCUAGGAGGGGCACGCCCCUCGUGAACACUCACUGCACAAGAAGCAGAAACUUGUGCACACGAAAGAGAUCUCAUUAUGUAACAUAAAGGAUGAGGCUUCUACCCCCAUUGUGUUGUGUAGAAUGUGAUGAAGCAAGCAGGAGAGAGGGAAGAAGGCCAUAUUAGGUUGGUUUGAAUACCUGAGUUCUGUACUGUUUUGUUUUGCUUUGCUUUGUUCGGUCAAGCUACCGUUCUCCUUCACAAGAGAAAAACAAAAUGUGUAGAUGAUCUCAUGACUUUUGUUAAAGGUGAUUGGCAAACAAACUCUUGUUUUAACUUUGAUAUUUUUUUUCAUGCUUUCUUUUUUUCUUUUCUUUAUUGUGUGUUCGAAUUCCUUCACAUUUGAUUGUCCACAGGGACACGUUAAAUGAGAAGCUGCAGAGAGUGAUGGUGCUUGUUUGGGGUCAAGGGCAAUAUAAUACUCCUUCUUCAUCCACAGCAAUCCUCCUGGAGCAAACACCUAACACCCCAAAGGCACGCUGAUUUGUCAAAAUAGAUAUCCAGUUUCUUUUAGCACUCAGUAAAGAGAUAUCUCAGAAAACUUCGUGUUUUGAGAAAAACAGUUGCAGGCUCCAAAGAUAGCCUAACCUCUUGAUUACAUUU